CCCCCGCCCCGCGCGUUCUCACCGGAUCGUCAGCCCAGAGUCAGGAGGAUGCGAAGCCAACCCCCUCGCCGCCAGCCACGAGCAGCAGUGUUUCGUAGUUAGGCGUCCCUCCGCAGGUUUCUUAAAGAAAAUGAAUUUGGCCGAGAUCUGUGAUAAUGCUAAAAAAGGAAGGGAAUAUGCACUUCUUGGAAACUAUGACUCCUCCAUGGUUUAUUACCAGGGUGUCAUCCAGCAAAUUCAAAGACACUGUCAAUCCAUCAGAGACCCAUCACUGAAGGGCAAAUGGCAGCAGGUUCGGCAAGAACUACUGGAAGAAUAUGAACAAGUAAAGAGCAUUGUCAACACUUUAGAGAGUUUUAAAAUAGACAAACCUACAGAUAUUCCUAUAUCUUAUCAAGAUGAAAAUUUUAGGGAUCCAACUGUUUGGCCACCUCCUGUUCCAGCUGAGCACAGAGCCCCACCUCAAAUAAAACGACCCAAUCGAGAAGUGAAACCUCUGAGGAGAGAAUCGCCAGGAUUGCAGCGUGGACCUGUGGGCAGAGCUCAACCAUUCUCAAAAAAUGAAAAACCUGCCAGCAGCCGAGAAAGGGAAUCUAAAACAAAAGGAAAAGAUGAAAAGGGAAAGAAGAUCCCCCAGGAUGGUGCCGGUGAUGGUGAAAUUCAGAAGUUUGAUGGAGCAGGAUAUGACAAAGAUCUGGUUGAAGCUCUCGAAAGAGACAUCGUGUCAAGGAAUCUAAGUAUUCAUUGGGAUGAUAUAGCAGACUUGGAAGAAGCCAAAAAAUUAUUAAGGGAAGCAGUUGUUCUUCCAAUGUGGAUGCCAGAUUUUUUCAAGGGGAUCAGGCGACCUUGGAAGGGAGUGUUGAUGGUUGGCCCUCCUGGGACUGGUAAAACCAUGCUAGCGAAGGCUGUCGCUACAGAAUGUGGAACGACUUUCUUCAACGUUUCUUCCUCCACUCUGACAUCAAAGUAUCGAGGCGAGUCUGAAAAGUUAGUUCGCUUGUUGUUUGAAAUGGCCCGAUUUUAUGCACCCACAACCAUUUUCAUUGAUGAAAUAGACUCCAUCUGUAGCCGCAGAGGCACCUCUGAUGAACAUGAGGCAAGCCGUCGGGUCAAAUCUGAAUUGCUUGUUCAGAUGGAUGGAGUAGGCGGGGCUCUGGAAAACGAUGACCCUUCGAGAAUGGUGCUGGUGCUGGCUGCUACAAAUUUUCCCUGGGACAUAGAUGAAGCUUUGAGAAGAAGACUGGAGAAAAGGAUCUAUAUACCAUUGCCAACAGCAAAAGGCCGAGCAGAGCUGCUUAAGAUUAAUCUUCGGGAAGUAGAACUGGAUCCUGACAUCAGCCUGGAAGAAAUUGCUGAGAAGAUCGAAGGCUACUCUGGUGCUGACAUCACUAAUGUUUGCAGGGAUGCUUCUUUGAUGGCAAUGAGGCGGCGCAUUAAUGGCUUAUCCCCAGAAGAGAUCCGUGCAUUAUCUAAAGAAGAGCUUCAGAUGCCUGUUACCAAGGGAGACUUUGACCUGGCCCUGAAGAAAAUCUCCAAGUCUGUUUCAGCGGCAGACCUGGAGAAAUAUGAGAAGUGGAUGUCGGAAUUUGGAUCUGCUUAACAGACAUCAUCUCACAAAGGAUUUUAGCUUUUCAGUUAUAAAAUAUUACGAAGACUUAGAAAUCUUUUAAGGCUUGAGUUUUUCCUAUGGACAAGGACCCUUUUAAACUUUUUUUGCACUUUAAAGGGAAAAAAAUAAAAAAGUUACACAAUGAAA